AUGCUGGACGGCCUGAAGAUGGAGGAGAACUUCCAAAGCGCCAUUGAGACGUCGGCCUCCUUCUCCUCGCUGCUGGGCAGAGCGGUGAGCCCCAAGUCUGUCUGCGAGGGCUGUCAACGGGUCAUCUCGGACAGGUUUUUGCUGCGGCUCAACGACAGCUUCUGGCAUGAGCAGUGCGUGCAGUGUACCUCCUGCAAAGAGCCCCUGGAGACCACCUGCUUCUACCGGGACAAGAAGCUCUACUGCAAGUAUGACUACGAGAAGCUGUUUGCUGUCAAAUGUGGGGGCUGCUUUGAGGCCAUCGCGCCCAACGAGUUUGUGAUGCGGGCCCAGAAGAGCGUGUACCACCUGAGCUGCUUCUGCUGUUGUGUCUGCGAGCGGCAGCUCCAGAAGGGCGAUGAGUUUGUCCUGAAGGAGGGGCAGCUGCUCUGCAAAGGGGACUAUGAGAAGGAGCGGGAGCUGCUCAGCCUGGUGAGCCCGGCAGCCUCAGACUCAGGCAAAAGUGAUGAUGAGGAAAGUCUUUGCAAGUCAGCCCAUGGGGCAGGGAAAGGAGCCGCUGAGGAUGGCAAGGACCAUAAGCGCCCUAAACGUCCCAGAACCAUCUUGACAACCCAACAGAGGAGAGCAUUCAAGGCCUCAUUUGAAGUAUCCUCCAAGCCGUGCAGGAAGGUGAGGGAGACUCUGGCUGCAGAGACCGGGCUGAGCGUCCGUGUCGUUCAGGUGUGGUUCCAGAACCAGAGAGCUAAGAUGAAGAAGCUGGCCCGGCGGCAGCAACAGCAACAGCAAGAUCAACAGAACACCCAGAGGCUGAGCUCCGCUCAGACAAAUGGUGGCGGGAGCGCUGGGAUGGAAGGGAUCAUGAACCCCUACACCGCUCUGCCCACCCCACAGCAGCUCCUGGCCAUCGAGCAGAGCGUCUACAGCUCAGAUCCCUUCCGACAGGGUCUCACCCCACCCCAGAUGCCUGGAGACCACAUGCACCCCUACGGUGCUGAGCCCCUUUUCCACGACCUGGAUAGUGAUGACACCUCUCUCAGUAACCUGGGUGACUGCUUCCUAGCAACCUCAGAAGCCGGGCCCCUGCAGUCCAGAGUGGGAAACCCCAUUGACCACCUGUACUCCAUGCAGAAUUCUUACUUCACCUCUUGA